UUAAUGCGGGGCGCUAGAGUGUGGCUCUGGGAUAACAGGUACUGCCUGUCAGAUGAUUGCUGAACGCGUCUUUCUUCAUCCUUUUAUCCAGUGUCUUCCUGCCUGCUCAGAUGUCCACCCCAGCAAAGCUACGGAUCAUUUUUGAUGAUCAUACAGUUCAUAAAUUGCUUCUGCCAUCUGGUAUCCCCAGUUCUAUACAGGAUCUCAAACUCGUCAUCCAGAGCACAUUCAGCAUUCCAGAUGGCUUUACUCUAAUGUAUCAAGAUAUGGAGUUUGGGGGUCAGUUCUUCACAUUGGCCUCCAUAGAAGAUGUGCAAGACAUGGGUUCCCUGAAAGUUGUCCAAGUUGAACCAGUCAUUGUAAAUCUCAGCGCAGUGGAAGAAAAGGAUGACAACUUACCAGAAUCAGAUGGCCUGUCAUUCACAUCUUUAGCAUCUCAGGACACCAUUUUGCUCUCAUCAUCAUCCGAUGAAAGUCCAUCAUACCGUUCCCAACCAUGGCCAAGACAGUUCGAAAUUCCACCAUUUUCCUUUGACACUCAGCUUAUGCUGGAUGCAGGAAACAGAGCUUACCACUCCAAUGGAACCCUGUUAAACAAUCCGAAAGUGACAAGCAGCGUCCUUGAGAAAUUAGCUGAGAGAAUAUUUCAAUACACGGCCUACCCAACAGGAAUCCAAGUGAUCAAUGUUGUUGAGGCCUUGGUUGAGAAGUAUCCGUGCCUCAAAGAGCCAGGCUCAUUCAAUGGCAUGUAUGGAUGGCAACAAAGAAUCAAGUAUAAAAUGGGCAAUUAUCGGGCAAAAGUAAGAGGGCUCCAAAUUGCCUGCCCAGAGCUAGAGGUGAACUCUUCAAGAAAGAUGACUUCCAGUCCCAAAGGCCUCAAAAGGCCCAAAAAGGCAGAAGUAAAUUAUUUGCCGCCAUUGCCACUUGGAGAAACAAACGAAACAAUGGAAGAAGAGAGGGUGGUUCUACUCACAGAAGUGAAAAAGACCAACAACAACAAGAUCAUCAGAGAGAAAAUGGAGAAGACUUUUCCAUAUCGACGGUUGGAGGUUGUCAACCAGAUGCCUGCUGUCCCAGGUGUCAUGGAGAGAUGGCCUGCCCUUUUCUAUGAAUCUCAGGUGAAGGAGGAGUUCAAAAGGAUCACAACUAUCCACCUGGACCGAACCUUUUUGACCAAGAUGGAUUUCUACACUCCAAAACUCCUGACAAUUUUCAAGUCCAAGGGUGGGACUGCAGGCGCAAAAAUGAAAAGCGUGUUGGAGUCGCUCAGUCAGCAACAGAUCGAUAGCCGUGAUGCGGUCAUCCGUUGUCUGAUCCAUUUCCUGGGAGAAUCAACAGAGGAGCUCAUUAAAGACUACCAGGAUGUCUCCAAGGAUGUCAUCGAACAAGACAUCAAAAACAGUGUGAUCAAGAUCCUUGUGCUGGGCAAUGCUGCAGAGGGUGCCCCGCCAACUGAUGUCAUCAUUGUGAUUGAUGGUACAGAGGUAUUGGGUGGUUGUAAAACACUCACCAAUGCUUGCAUUCUGCUCAUGGGCUUUGUGUACUCACUGAAUCUCAGUUAUCCUCCAAAAUUGAAAUAUACAUUUGAAGUGUUUCAAAAGUUGCUUUUGGAGUUGGAUGAUUUAAAGUUCUCUGCUAAAGUAGAUUCUCUGCGAAGGAAACUGCUAAUGUAAAAGGAAAAUGUGACUACAGCUCAUGCAGCAGAUGCAAUUGACUUUAUUGUGAAGUUGUUCAUAACUUGUUACAAGAGGCUUUGAGUUAUGCGUCUUGCUCUUGUAGGUUUAUUUAUUGACUUGAAUAGUGUAAAAAUGGGCCUGUGCAGGUUGGUGGCUUUUUUUUUUCUUUAAAGAUUUGCACUCUUUCUUUGAAUUUCAUAACUGUGUACUAUAGGUCCAUUUAGUAAGUUCCCUCUCAGCCUUUGCACCAUUUAUAGGACCCAAAACACUCACCAAUACUUGCAUUCUGCUCAUGUGCUUUGUGUACUCAUUAAAUGUGCAUCUCCGUUUGGAGCAUAACUGACCUUUCAAGUGUUUCAAAAUGUACUUUUAGCAUUUGGAUGACUUAAAGUUUAACAUUCUCUCCAAAGUGGGUCCUUUGAGAGUAAACCUACUACUGUAAGGGGAACAUGCCAUUGUAUGUUACAGAUGCUUUGAAGUCUGUUCAUAAGUCUUUGAGUUAUGUAUCUUGCUAGGUUUGUUCAACGACUUCAAUAAUGUACAGCUUUUUGCCUCUUUCUUUUUUGAUUUUAAAGAAUUUUAUUCUUUGAAUAUUUUAAAUAUUUUAUUUAGUGCACUAUAUGCCGAUUUAGUGGGUUCCCUUGCAAACCUUUUCAGUCAUGUGUAGGACCCAAGGCUAAUGCAUUCCUCUCUACCAUUUACACACACACACACACACACAC